CGAGUGUCAGAUAGCAGAACUGUCAGAUUUUAGCGUUUAAGCGAAAAUUAAAUCAUUCAAUUAGCAAUUCUUGGUGAAAUAAUGAUUGUUUGUUGAUCGAUUAUCCAGUGAAACGAUUAAGUGGUGAAAAUGGUUCAUAUAGACCAGAUUAAGCUUGAAUAUCCGUUGCAUUGGCUUGUUUGGACAAAUGAUUACCAAAAUUUGCAAAGCGAAUUGGCUAAAAAACUACAUAACAAAGAAAAAAAAGAUGCUAGAGGCAGAACGCCAUUAAUGCUGGCUGUGACAAUGGGAUACUUGGAAUCUGCAAGAAUAUUAUUGAAUAAUGAAGCCAACGUGAACUGCGAAAAUUCUGAAGGAUGGACAGUGGUGCAGGAGGCUGUGGCCACUGGAGACCCAGAACUGCUCCAUCUGGUGUUGGAAAGGAGAGACUUUCAGAGAUACACGAGCAGAAUGGCGGGGAUUCCCGAAUUGCUGCAGCGUCUGAAACAGGCGCCGGAUUUUUAUGUGGAGAUGAAGUGGGAGUUCACCAGUUGGGUACCUCUAGUGUCAAGGAUGUGCCCCAGUGAUACCUAUAAAGUUUAUAAGCAGGGAUCCAAUGUCAGGGUGGAUACGACACUGUUAGGUUUCGAUCACACGAGCUGGCAACGCGGCAAUAGGAGUUAUGUGUUUCAAGGACAAAAUGAUGGGGCAACAAUGAUGGAAAUCGACCACGACCUUCAGCAAGUCUACUGCGAACAAAUGAAGGCCCCAGAUGAAGCCUUGGGGAUUUUGGUACCCAAUGAAGAAACAGUGUCGCAGAGACUUACCACUCCGAUCGUAACUUCUUUUGUGGACACCGAGAAAAUUAGCUUUGAAAGAAAUAAGGCGGGAAUGUGGGGCUGGCGUUCGGACAAAACGGAAACGAUAAACGGCUACGACUGCAAGGUUUUCGGGGCGUCGAACGUGGAGUUCAUCACGAAAACCAGGACCGAGCACCUCACCGAGACCGACAAGCAGCGCAGCAAGAGCAACAAGACGCCGCUGCAGAAUUUCCUCGGCAUCGCCGAGAUCACGGAGAGCGAGGCCGGCGUGGCCGCCGCGACGAAUUUAUCCGCCAACUCGAGCAACCCUUGCAACCUGACCGCGGAGCAGUACUUCGACCCGGACUGGGAUCUGCAAGGCAAGGAUAUCGGCCGUCCGAAGGAGUUGAACGUCAAAGUGCAGAAGUUCCGCGCGAAUUUGUGGCUGUGCGAGAAGUACCCGCUCUCGCUGCCCGAGCAGAUCCUGCCCAUCGUCGACUUGAUGGCCAUUUCCAGCUCGCACUUCGCCAAGCUCAAGGACUUCAUACAGAUGCAACUGCCUGCCGGGUUUCCAGUCAAAAUAGAAAUUCCCCUCUUCCACGUCUUGAACGCGAGAAUCACGUUCGGCAACAUAUUCGCCAUCGAUUGCGAAGUGCCAAAAGUUGCCCGGCUGCAAGAAGAAGAUCGUUUGACUUGCGUCUUGGACGAAACUUUGUUCCAGUGUCCCGCAGGAUACACCCAGAUCGGUAUCGCCGGCACCGACAGCAGACGGCCGUUCGUAGAAGACGAAGACGACCUUCUGCAGUUCGCGAUACAGCAGAGUCUUAUCGACGCCGGUACGGAAAAGGAGGAGGUCGACAUUUGGGAGGCGCUCAAAGCGCAAAAGCCGUCCAGACCCUCCACCCCCAACUUCGCGGGGGAGGAGGAGAGACAACUCCAAAGAGCUAUUCAAGCUAGUUUAGAGUAUUAUCAGCAAGGCGCCGGCGCAGUGGAGUCCUCUCUGGAAAGCGAAAGUCCAAACGUGGACUCCGACCUCCACAUGGCGCUCCUUUUGUCGGAAAAGCAGCGGCGAAAAGAGGAGGAGGAGCGCGAAGAGGAGCAGAAGAUGCUCGAAGAAAUUCUGAGGUUGUCUCUCACAGAAAAGUAAGUCUUACAGUACUUAUUAAAUUUAUUCGAAAAAAAAGGACUGCAGAAUCAAAACCAUUUUAUUAUCUAUGUGGGUUUUCAGCUUAUUAAUUCCAUAAGAUUUUAUAUAGGGCGUUCAGGUUACAACUCUGGAGUUGUAAGUUUGUAGCGCCCUCUAUAUUUUUACAUAAUAAGUGUAUCAAUUUUUUGAUGAUAAGGGGAACAUUUUAUAAUUGAAAGUGAUAGUUUUUUAAAGAUUAUAUACCUCAUGCAUUACUUUGCUUAGUAAAUAUAAAUUAUUUUACACUUUAAUAGGCUUCAAUUUAAUUUAUUUUUUAAUUAUGUAUGUAUGUAAUUGGUUUUGUUGGGUCCAAACAAUUCUUAUUUUACAAAAAAAUGCUUUGAUUUUUGUAUAUAUACGUUUUAAUAAUUAAUAAUGUUGUAAAUGUUUUGUUUAUGUAAUAUAGAAAUUUAACAUUUUGUUUAAUAUUUAUUAUUAUUAAAUGUGCAAAAUCUAUUUAUUUAGUAGUUCCUAUUUAUUAUAUUAUAAAUACAUAUAUAACAAUAAGAACAAAAAUUAUUUAAUUGUGGCUAAUAUUGUAUUACCUUGGAAUCUAAUAAAUCAUUUCUUCCAAAUGCAUUAUUUU